UGAUGUUUUCUCAUGCUCCUGUGGUGUCAUGGUGCUCCCAGCCUGACUGCUUUGGAGCCCAGCACAGGCAAACAUCCUGGCAAGAGCUGUACCUGCUCUUCUUUCUAUCUUCCACGGUGGGAUGGGGCCUCAUUAGGGAAGCUGCAGCCUUGAGAAAAUAGGCAAGAGGAGGCAUGCUUUGAGGAGCAUGGCCUACAGACCGGAGAAAACAUCAAAGAAAACCCAAGAACUUUGAGCCUUCUGGCAAGGAGCUGGAACUAAGUGUUCUGAUGACAGCAGAAAGGAGGAAACCAGACAGCAAUGUCUCUAUCCUCCCACCCAUCCAACCCCCUCAGCACAGCGGCUCCUCAAACUCAGGAAACACUCCCUCCUCCCAGACUGGUCUUUGUCCAGAGAGCCCUUUAGUUCCUUCUCACCUUUGGGCAGCCUUUGGCCUCAGGCAAGAAGAAUUCCUGCUCCUGCCCCGCUGGUCUUCCAGCUCCUGUCCUUUCUCCAGAGCAGUCAGAGAAUAGUAGUUCAGCCUGUUCCUUCUGUCUGCUUUGCAAUUUUUACCAGAAAGUUUGACCAGAGCCAGAGAUAAUCUGGAAGAGUUGCUCACCCAAGGACUGGUUGGACUUCUUAUUCUGUAAGUGUUACAGUUCACAGACUGGGUGAAGCUGAGGCCCCGGGGUGGACGAAAGGAGUUGGGGGAGUGGCUGAAGGUGACCGACCAGCUGGGUGAACUUGGCAGGAGGAAUGGCACCAUCUGUGGCUCGGCUUGUGUUUCUCCAGUUUGUUCUAGGACCAGCUCUGGUUGAAGACAUCAAGGUGCAGAUCGCUGUCAGGAACUUCCACCUGUUACACAUCGACUAUCCCCGGGUUAGCUACCCAAAGGGCUUCCGGGGCUAUUGUAAUGGUCUCAUGGCCUAUGUGCGGGGCAGAAAAUGGAGUUGGUAUUGCCCCCAAAUUCAUUACAUGGUGCAUGCCCCCUGGAGAGAAAUCAAUGGGUUCUGCAAGUACAGUGACAGCUUCUGUGAGAAUUACAAUGAAUACUGCACACUCACAAAGGAUGCCAUCCCUGUCACGAUCUGCUCUCUGGUCUCUAGACAACCGCCCACGAGCUGCCACUAUAAUGACACCCUAACCAACCAAAGGCUCUACCUGCUCUGUUCUGGGAAGAUUGAUGCUGAACCGAUAGGCAUCAUUGGCCUCUACUAGGAAAGGAAGGUUUUCUUUCUGAACCACCCCCUACUGCCACUGCACACAAGCCUGACCCUACUCCCUAACUUCUGAUCCCUGGUAUAAGGCUUCCUUCCUGACUUCACAGACAGGCAGGAUCCCCUCCCAAGAGACAAGGAAGGUAGGACAAAUGUCUUGAGCUUCAGUCACCAUGCAAAGUUAUACAGCCUUGUAGCCUCUUUCCAACUUGUUUACCUCCUUUCUUCCCCUACCAUCCUCCCUCUCCCACAGACAGUCUUACCCACCCAAGAAGCUGACUGUGUCCAGUUGGCAGUGACUAUCCAUCCACUGGGCCAGAUCCUGAAUCCUGGAUGGAGGCCCAGAGCCUCAGCUCACACCAUGGCAACAGGCACCCAGCUCCAUGUCUCAACUUCCCAUCCCCACCAGCCUUCUCUUCUUAGCUUUCCCCAUCUCCCUUGGGACUCUCCACUCACUCACCUACACAGUAGGUACCUCUAGCUUCAGGGACCUCCCUGAGACCCUUAGACUCAUUCUAGCCUCACUUCUUCAGAAACCCUCUUAGUUCCCAGUCUGUUCCUCUCUGUGAAAUCAUUGAUUUUCUCUCCUCAUCACCUGUUCUUUCCUUUCUCCUCUACCACAGAGCCCAGGGUAGUCUCUCUCUGACAUUCCCAACCUCCUAUAGUCACCCUGUCUUCCUUUCUCUGACCCUUUUUCCUUCCACCCUUCUCACUGUGACUCACUGGAGUUUCAAAUUACCUUCUCUGACCUGUUCUCCCCAAGAUUACCGCAUCCCUUUCCUUCCAAAAGCUUCUCCUGAUACAUCUCCCCACCAAAUCCAAGAUCUGCCGCUGACAGGACAGAGCUGAGGUGAGCCUGGCUGUAGUCAUGGGAGGUUUUAAAACCACAUCUGAGUAAUGUAAGACAUAACCAUUGGGUGAAACUGGGGUAAAGGAGGGGUGCCUUGGUGGCUCAGUCAUUAAGCAUCUGCC